GUAAACAGUUAUCUAUUGUUGAGUACAAUUAUAUAAUAUAUCUAUAUACGUUUAAUAAUAAAUCAAUUCUGUUUCAUAAUGAAACAUUACGAUAUUGUAGUUGAAGCAAAUGAAUUACCAACAGAACGUAAAACAACCGCACUGACUUUAUGUGUACAUGCAUUGGAUUAUUAUCAUACUGAAAAAGAUGUAGCUAUGUUUAUGAAAAAAAAUUUUGAUAAAUUAUAUGGACCAAUAUGGCAAUGUAUUGUAGGUCAUGAAUUUGGAAUGUCAAUUACACAUGAUGAAAAGUGUUUCAUUUAUAUCCAUUGUGGAGAAGUCAGUCUUCUACUUUAUCGAUGUACUUAA